UGAAAGACUGAGUUGUAAUUGAGUGAAAAAUAGACAACGGAACCUUGAAGAAUUGCAUGUAAGUGCAAGCCAGAUUUAACUCUCUUUCUAAGUAGUAUUGCUUGGACUGAGAAAUUGCUAAAUCAGACCUGUGAUAGGACUGGUUAUUUGGGUAUCUCUCUUUGUCAUUGUUGCCUCUUUCUGUUACAUUGCUUUCUGUGUUAUCUCUGGAGGCCCAGAUGUUCUCAGAUAAUUCACAUUGCCCUGACUGUGGACAACAGUGGUUUCCUAGUUUAGAAUUAGGCCACUGGUUGUACCAAACUGAACUUAUUGAAAAUGAAUGUUACCAAGUAUUCUUAGACCGUAUCAACAGAGCUGAUUAUUGCCCCGAGUGUUAUCCUGAUAAUCCUGCUAACAGAAGCCUUGCCCUUCCUUGGUUUUUCCCACUUGAAUGGGCUCCCCAAAACCUUACCAGGUGGACCUUUGAAAAAGCUUGCCACCCAUUUCUUCUGGGUCCUCCACUGGUUAGAAAAAGGGUACAUGCCUCUAGAAUAGCUGGUUUUAACCCAGCAUUACAAUUAAUCUUGGCCAGAACAGACACAACCUUAAACAAAAAAUUUGGCCAAAGCAAGUAA